UGGCCCUUUAACUGGGGGCUCCGCCCGGGGGUGGCGCGUGACGGAGUCGGCCUUGGUGCCUGAGCUCGGGGUGAGUUCUGCUACGUCUUAUGCAUCGAAUGCGAACCAGCACGUCCCAGCGCUUGUUACCGAGCGAAGCUUGGUGUUUUCAUCUCCGACGUGAGGGGUCGGCCGAGGCCUCGCUGUACCCUCACGGUUAUCCACACUCUUCCAGGGCCAGCAGAAAAUGAUCACAUCCCAGGGAUCCUUGUCAUUCAGGGAUGUGACUGUGGGCUUCACCCAGGAGGAGUGGCAGCACCUGGACCCUGCUCAGAGAACCCUGUACAGGGAUGUGAUGCUGGAGAACUACAGUCACCUUGUUUCAGUGGGGUGUUCCAUUCCUAAACCAGAAGUGAUCCUCAAGUUGGAGCAAGGAGAGGAGCCGUGGAUAUUAGAGGAAGAGAUCCCAAGCCAGAGUGACCCAGAAUUAAUUAAUAACAGUAGAAACUAUUCAAGAAAGAAGUUCAAUGAGUUUAACAAAGGUAGAAAUUGGCUCCAUAAUGAUAAAUAUGAAAGAAUUCAUUCUGAAGAGAAACCUUAUGAAUAUAAUAAAAAUGGGAAUGGCUUCCACCUUAAUGACGACUUUGUUCACCAUCAGAAAAUUCAAAUUUUGGAGCAACCGUUUGAAUACAGUGAAUGUAGGAAAGCUUUCCAUGAGAAUUCACUCUUUGUUGUAAAUAAGAAAGCUUACACAGGGAAGAAUACCUGUGAAUACACUGAAUAUGGGAAGAUCUUCUGUGAUAUGUCAUCUCUCAUUGCUCAUCAGAGAACACAUCCAAGAGAGAAUCACUGUGAAUUUAAUGAAUGUGGAGAAAACUUCUUUGAGGAAUCCAUUCUCUUUGAGCAUCAGAGUGUUCAGCCUUUCAGCCAGAAGUCAAACCUCAUUCCAAUUCAGAGAACCCACUCAAUUGACAAUAUACUUAAGUAUAAUGAAUGUGGAACACUUUUUAGUGAAAAGUUAGUCUUUGGUGUACAGCAGAGAACACGCGUAGGAGAAAAACCUUAUGAAUGUCAUGAAUGUGGAAAAACCUUCAACCAGAAGUCAGCCCACACAAGACAUCAGAGAACACACACAGGGGAAAAAUCUUGUGAAUGUCAUGAAUGUGGGAAAACUUUCUACAAGAAUUCAGACCUCAUUAAACACCAGAGAAUUCACACAGGGGAGAAACCUUUUGAAUGUCAGGAAUGUGGGAAAUCCUUCAGUGAAAAGUCUACCCUCACUCAACAUCAGAGAAAACACACAGGGGAGAAACCAUAUGAGUGUUGUGAAUGUGGGAAAGCCUUCUCAUUUAAGUCCGUCCUUACUGUACAUCAAAAAACACACACAGGGGAGAAGCCCUAUGAAUGUUAUGAAUGUAGGAAGGCCUUUCUCAGAAAAUCAGACCUCAUUAAACAUCAAAGAACUCACACAGGGGAAAAACCUUAUGAAUGUAACGAAUGUGGGAAAUCCUUCUCUGAGAAGUCAACUCUUACCAAACAUCUGAGAACUCACACAGGUGAGAAACCCUAUGAAUGUACUGAAUGUGGAAAAUUUUUCUGCUAUUCCUCGGGUUUCACAGAACAUCAGAGAAGACACACAGGGGAGAAACCUUUUGGAUGUAAUCAAUGUGGGAAAAAUUUCCGUCAGAAGUCAGCCCUAAUUGUUCAUCAGAGAACUCACAUAAGACAGAAACCUUAUGAAUGUAAUGAAUGUGGAAAAUCAUUCUGUGUAAAGUCAAAACUCAUUGCACAUCAUAGAACACACACGGGGGAAAAACCCUAUGAAUGUAAUGUUUGUGGAAAAUCAUUCUAUGUGAAGUCUAAACUCACGGUACAUCAACGAACACAUUUGGGGAGAAACCCUAUAAAUGUAAUAAAUGAGGGAAAUCACUCUGGGUGAAGUCAAGAGUUUAUAGAAAAAGAACACAAAUGGGGAGAAAAAUC